GUAUAUUAUGUGCAAUUGAAAUGUGAGUAUAUUGAAAUGUGUGGAAUUUUUUGUGCCGUCGGCAAUGACAAUUUGGAGUGCCGUCUACACAGAGAGUUACAGUUACUUCUCCAGAGUCGCGGCCCAAAUGCUCACGAGAAGCUGCAAUUGGACUCCGUACUCCUUGCCGGCUAUGUUUUGUGGCAACAGGGAAGUUGUGGACCACAGAAGCAACCAAUAGUCCUGGGGAACUGGGCGGUUCUCUUCAAUGGAGAUUUUUACAAUGUGGAUGAGAAGUCAACCAGCAUCUCAGACAGUGCUUGGUUAGCGGAAAAAGUGGCGCAAUGCAAAGGAGAUGACGAACUACUAUCGCUUCUGCAGCAACUAGAGGGACCUUAUUGCCUAUUGAUGUACAAUAGGGAUGAGAGGGUUCUGUAUUUUGGGCGCGAUGCGCUGGGUCGGAAUUCACUUAUCAUUGAGCGACAACCAAAUGGAUUGAACUUGUUGAGCACUUCGUGCUAUUUGAAUCCUGAGGUGGUGUCGCUGGAAUUGCCGCCGCUGGGCCUCUAUAAAUUGCAUGUUGAUAAUAUAAGCCAGUGCAUACUGUAUCCUUGGCAAACGCUGAACGAAGGUGCAUUGAAACAACUACAGAAUUUAGAGGAGGCAAUGCAUUGGAAAAUUUGUCUGCAGUCGAAGCUCAUUGCGCCCAAAUGGCUGCUUAGUACGGUGGCAAUUGAGGCCUUUGACUUUUAUAAGCACUGCACAGAUGUCUUCAACGACCAGCUAUAUGCCAAUUUGUUGAAUUUGCCAGCUGUAUCCCAGACUCUUGACCGAUUCGACGCUUUGUUACGUCGAUCGGUGGCUGCCAGAGUGACGUUCACAGCACCGCUUUGUCGUGAUUGCUUGGAGACUCAGGAGUUGAUAGGCACGCAAUGCUCGCACGCAAAGAUAUCUGUGCUUUACUCCGGCGGCAUCGAUUGCAGCAUUUUGGCGCUGUUGGCAAAUGAAUUUGUGCCGGCCGGCGAGCCCAUCGAGCUCAUUAAUGUAGCUUUUGAGAGUGUUGCUGCCGCACGGGAGGAUUGGAAUGUCCCCGAUCGUCAGACUGCGCAUCUGUCGUUUAUUGAACUGAAACGCCUAUGUCCAAAACGUAGCUGGAAUUUGUUGGAAGUGAAUGUAAAACGGACAGAGCUACAACAAAAGCUCGCUACGCGCAUCAAUCAGCUUAUUUAUCCGCUACAAACCGUCCUGGAUGAGUCCAUUGGCUGUGCAUUUUGGUUUGCCGCAAAUGCCGUCGAGUCCACAGCACGCGUUGCCCUACUGGGCAGUGGCGCCGAUGAGCUCUUCGGUGGUUACAUUCGGCAUCGCAACGCCUAUCGCAGAUGUCUUGCUGACGUCAACGACGAACAAAAGCGUCAGGAGGCUGUGCUGCAGGAGCUUGAGCUGGAUUGGCAGCGCAUAUCGGCGCGUAAUUUGGCUCGGGAUGAUCGAAUAAUAGCCGACAGCGGGAAAACAGCUCGUGCUCCAUUCAUUGAGGAACAUUUGGUGCAAUUUGUGCGCUCAUUGCAGCCACAACAACGUUCCUGCUUUCGCUUGCCGGAGGGUGUGGGCGAUAAGCUUUUCCUAAGGCUCUACGGUUAUCGUUUGGGAUUGCGGGAUGCGGUGCUAUUAAAGAAGCGCGCUAUACAGUUCGGAUCGCGGAUUGCGGACAAGAAGCAGCAAGCCCAACAGCAUUCGCAAUACCUCAGAUUUGGAAGAUAGUAACGGUCUAAGAAGUGAAUAGCUCUACUGGAAACUCCCUUUCUAUUUGAGAGCGUUUGUAUAUUUAUUGAAAUAAGCAUGAAAUUAUUGUGUAUAUAUCAGACGAGAGCUCCUAACUUAAAAUAUAAAUGCAUUGCUUUUGAUACCUUAAUAACAAGCUCAAAUCUAA